CACACCGCCCCCGACGGAAGCGGAAGCGGCUCUCGCGCUGCCCAGUCGUCCGGCUCGCCGGCUCCGGAAGUCGCGCUCUUUCGCCCUCCUCGUUGGUCUCCUGUCACCAUGGCGCUGGCUGUCUUGCGGGUCUUGGAGCCCUUUCCAACCGAGACGCCCCCGUUGGCAGUGCUGCUGCCUCCUGGGGGCCCAUGGCCGGCGGCGGGACUGGGGCUGGUACUGGCGCUGAGGCCUGCGGGGGAAAGCCCGACAGGGCCGGCGCUGCUAGUGGCGGCCCUGGAGGGGCCGGGCGCUGAGACCAAAGAGCAAGGUCCCGGGCCCCCGCAGCUGCUGGUUAGCCGCGCGCUGCUGCGGCUCUUGGCACUAGGCUCCGGGGCGUGGGUGCGGGCGCGGCCGGUGCGGCGGCCCCCAACGCUGGGCUGGGCGCUGCUUGGCACCUCAUCCGGGCCCGGGCUCGGACCGCGCGUCGGGCCGCUGCUGGUGAGGCGCGGAGAGACCUUGCCAGUGCCCGGAACGCGGGUGCUGGAGACACGGCCGGCGUUGCAAGGGCUUAUGGGCCCAGGGACUCGGCUGGCUGUAACUGAGAUACGCGGGCAGGCCAGGCUGUACCCCGAGACUGGGGACAGCAGUCGGCCCCCACCUCCGCCCGUGGUGUCCUCCUUUGCGGUUUCCGGCACAGUACGGCGACUGCAAGGAGUUCUCGGAGGUACUGGAGAUUCACUGGGGGUGAGCCGGAGAUGCCUCCGUGGCCUCGGGCUCUUUCAGGGCGAAUGGGUGUGGGUGUCCCGGGCCGGAGAGCCAUCGAGCACUUCCCAGCCGCACUUGGCUACGGUGCAGGUCCUAGAACCUCGCUGGGACCUCCCUGAGAGGCUGGGACCUGGCUCUGGGCAGCUUGGAGAGCCCCUCGCUGACGGACUGGCGCUCGUGCCCGCCACUCUGGCUUUUAAUCUCGGCUGCGACCCCCUAGAAGUGGGGGAGCUCAGAAUUCAGAGGUACUUGGAAGGCUCCAUCACCUCUGAAGACAAAGGAAGCUGCUCAUUGCUGCCUGGGCCACCGUUUGCCAGAGAGUUACACAUUGAAAUUGUAUCCUCUCCCCACUACAGCACUAAUGGAAAUUAUGACCAUAUUCUUUACCGGCACUUUCAGACACCCAGGGUGGCCCAGGAAGGGGAUGUUCUGUGUGUGCCAACAGUUGGGCAAGUAGAGAUCCUGGAAGGAAGUCCAGAGAAACUGCCCAGGUGGCGGGAAAUGUUUUUUAAAGUGAAGAAAAUAGUGGGGGACACUCCAGAUGGGCCAACCAGCGCCUACUUGGCCGAUACUACCCACACCUCCUUAUACAUGGUAGGUUCUACCCUGAGCCCUGUUCCAUGGCUUCCUUCAGGAGAAUCUACUCUCUGGAGCAGUUUAUCUCCUCCAGGCCUGGAGACCUUGGUGACUGAGCUCUGUGCUGCCCUAAAACCUCGCCUCCAGCCAGGGGGUACCCUGCUGACAGGAACUAGCAGUGUCCUUCUACGGGGCCUCCCAGGCAGUGGGAAGACCACAGUAGUCACUGCUGCCUGCAGGCGCCUUGGGCUCCAUUUAUUGAAGGUGCCGUGCUCCAGCCUCUGUGCAGACAGUAGUGGUGCUGUGGAAACAAAGCUGCAGGCCACCUUCUCCUGGGCCCGCCGCUGCCGGCCUGCAGUCCUGUUGCUUACAGCCCUGGAUCUUCUGGGCUGGGAUCGCGAUGGGCUGGGUGAGGAUGCCCGUGUGGUGGCCACGCUGCGUCACCUCCUCCUCGAUAAGGACCCUCUCAGCAGUUGCCCUCCCCUGAUGGUUGUGGCUACCACAAGUCGAGCCCAGGAUCUGCCUGCUGAUGUGCAGACAGCAUUUCCUCAUGAGCUGGAGGUGUCUAUGCUGUCAGAGGGGCAGCGGCUCAGCAUCAUGCGGGCCCUCACCGCCCACCUUCCCCUUGGCCAAGAGGUGAACUUGGCACAGCUGGCACGGCGGUGUGCAGGUUUCGUGGUAAGGGACCUCUAUGCCCUUCUGACCCACAGCAGCCGGGCAGCCUGCACCAGGAUCAAGAACUCAGGUUUGGCAGGCAGCUUGAGUGAGGAGGAUGAGGGGGAGCUGUGUGCUGCUGGCUUUCCCCUCCUGGCUGAGGACUUUGCACAGGCACUGGAGCAACUGCAGGCAGCUCACUCCCAGGCUGUCGGAGCCCCCAAGAUCCCCUCGGUGUCCUGGCAUGAUGUGGGCGGGCUGCAGGAGGUGAAGAAGGAGAUUCUGGAGACCAUUCAGCUGCCUCUGGAGCACCCCGAGCUGCUGAGCCUGGGUCUGAGACGCUCGGGCCUGUUGCUCCAUGGGCCCCCUGGCACUGGCAAGACCCUCCUGGCCAAGGCAGUAGCCACCGAGUGCAGCCUUACUUUCCUCAGUGUGAAGGGGCCAGAGCUCAUCAACAUGUACGUGGGCCAGAGUGAGGAGAAUGUGAGAGAUGUGUUUGCCAGGGCCAGGGCCGCGGCUCCAUGCAUUAUCUUCUUCGAUGAACUAGACUCCUUGGCCCCAAGCCGGGGGCGAAGUGGCGAUUCUGGAGGAGUGAUGGACAGGGUGGUGUCGCAGCUCCUGGCUGAGCUGGAUGGGCUUCACAGCACUCAGGAUGUGUUUGUGAUCGGAGCCACCAACAGACCAGAUCUUCUGGACCCUGCCCUGCUGCGGCCUGGCAGAUUUGACAAGCUGGUGUUUGUGGGGGUGAGCGAGGACCGGGCCUCCCAACUACGUGUUCUGAGCGCCAUCACACGCAAAUUCAAGCUAGAGCCCUCGGUGAGCCUGGUGAACGUGCUGGAUUACUGCCCUCCCCAGCUGACGGGUGCAGACCUCUACUCUCUCUGCUCUGAUGCCAUGACAGCUGCCCUCAAACGCAGGGUUCAUGACCUGGAGGAAGGGCUAGAGCCAGGAAGCUCAGCACUGCUGCUCACAAUGGAGGACCUGCUGCAGGCUGCUGCCCGGCUGCAGCCCUCGGUCAGCGAGCAGGAGCUGCUCCGGUACAAGCGCAUCCAGCGAAAGUUUGCUGCCUGCUAGGAACCUCCUGUGGCCUGGGGUCCCACCCACAAUGGCUAAAGGUACCUAGACAGCCCUACAGAUGCGUGAGAGGGAAGGGCUUCUGCUUCAGGCCGCUGCCAACCCAUCUGAAGGCUGUCUCCCUCCAGAAGAUCCCUGGGUGCAGAGUGGCAUUGGGACCCCAGCGAGAGCUCAGGAGGCAUCUCCUGCCUGUUUGCCUCCUCCAUCCAGGCCAGCUCUAAGAUCACCUGCUCAGGAGGCAGGCUGGGGCCUGGGGUUCUGGGGAAUGGGUCCCGAGGAGGCCAGUUCUGUGGCUGAAAAUAAAGUAUGUGCUGCCCCCUGCUGGA